AUGGGACUUGGUGAAGUCUAUUUAGUUGUCGGCACCUUCCAAAACUUUUCAUCGCAUAAGAUUACAGCAGGUGGCCAGGACUAUUUUGAUUGGCCGAAAAAUCCCAACGGUGGGUCGGUGGACAUCAUAGCUGUGGACUGCACCCGGAGAAACCUCACUGAGGUCCCGCUAGAUUUGCCAGCGAACACGGUCGAGAUAAACUUGAGUUUCAACAAUCUCACCGCACUCCCUGCAGAUGCCUUUAGUCAUGUAACCAGACUCCGCCAUCUGAAAUUAGUCGGUAACCGCAUCCGGACUCUAAACGAAGACGUAUUCCGAGGGCUCAAGGAGCUGCAUUCACUUGAUCUUCAGCUAAACAUAUUCCAGAAACUUCCCAGUAAGGCCUUCCAUCCCGACCUUGCCAACCUAAGAACGCUAAACUUGAACAGCAACUACAUCGAAGACUUUCCAGGACAUGCCCUGUUGAACCUUCACUCUCUCCGACAUCUUUAUGUUGAGGGGAACAGACUCAACCGAAUCCCAACGGAAGCCAUCAGCCUGGUUCCAGAGCUUACAGUUCUUCUGCUUAGCAGCAACGCCAUCACGAUGGUACAGGAUCACGCCUUUCAGAAUAACACUAAGCUGAUUGAGCUGAGCUUGAAUAACAACAGCAUCCAAGUGAUUUCAACUCAUGCAUUCUCAGGACUGUACAAUCUAAAAGGAUUAGACUUUAGGUACAACUACCAUCGGAUAAAAAACAUCAAACAAGGGGCAUUCCGGAACCUUACCAACCUCAACGCUCUAGCAAUAUCAGACGUCGACAACCUCAGUGAGUUUCCAGACCUGUCAGGAACAACCAGCCUAGAAAGAUUGACUAUAGAUAGGUGUUCCCUAACAGCCAUACCAACAACUUUUUGUGACGGAAUGCACCAUCUUAAAGAAUUAGAUCUUCACAAUAACAAGAUCGAGUCAAUACCUAGUUUUUCAAAUUGCUCUCAACUCCAAUAUUUGAAUCUUGGUCUCAACAAGCUUUCCUCGUUAGAAAGCACACCCUUCCAAGGUCUAAAUCAGCUGUCACAUCUCUACCUUGGAGAGAAUAACAUUGAACGUAUCAGAGCAGACAGCUUUGAGGGUCUAUCUGCAGCUUAUGAAUUGGAUCUUGGCAACAACGACAUCAUUGAAAUUGAUGAGAAAGCUUUCUUGCCUUUGAAACAACUGGAAACAUUACGCUUAAACGGGAACAGGUUUCCCGAUUUCCCGACAGCUGGACUUGAAAGACUUCUCAACAUUUAUACCUUCGAUAACAUUCAUCUUGAAUCCUUCCCUAAACCGUCCGAACUUCCCAAGAUUAUUAUAAUCAUCUCAUCCUAUGCUUACCACUGUUGUAGUUACAUCAGUCUGAACGAAGUCAACUCCGUCAAAAAUACUCCAGAGAUCAAGGAGAUUUACACUUGGACGUUAUCUUCUUCAACCUACGAUUACAAUGGAGGUAACGGCAGCAGCUCUGAUUGGGCAGAGGAGUGGUAUGAUAGUACUUGGGAACCACAGUACAACCUCAGCGGAGUUCCGAUUCAGAUUCAUUCAAACAUCAGUUGUUCCCCCGUUCCAGGGCCAUUCCUACCUUGCGUCGAUCUCUUUGGUUCAUGGUUUCUGCGAAUCGGAGUUUACUUUGUUUUUCUUCUCGCCGUCAUCGGAAACGCAAUCGUCAUCUUUGUCAUUUUAGUCAGCCACACUAAGAUGGAUGUCCCAAGAUUCCUGAUCUGCAAUUUGGCUUUUGCAGACUUCUUCUUAGGUGUUUACCUAGGUUUCCUUGCCGGGGUUGAUACGUCGACGCUUGGUGUGUUUCAUAAGUACGGCGCACAAUGGCAGCUUAGCCCCGGCUGUAGCCUCGCAGGAUUCCUGGCUGUUUUCUCCUCAGAGUUUUCAAUCUACACCUUAUCGGUGAUCACGUUGGAGCGUUUCUACGCCAUCAAACACGCCUUGCAUCUAGAGAAGAGGAUGAAGCUUCCACAUGCUGUCGCCGUGAUGGCAUUCGGUUGGAUCUUUGCCGUUGUGGUUGCCAUCAUGCCACUUGUACACAUCAGCAGUUACUACAAGUUCCCAGUGUGUCUCCCGCUAGACAUAACAACCACCAUCGGUAAAGUAUACGGCAGCUCCAUCUUACUUCUUAAUGUGACGGCGUUUGUGAUAAUAAUGCUGUGUUACGCCAAUAUAUACAUGGCGAUCCAGGGUUCGCAUGCAUGGAACUGCAACGACUCCAGAGUAGCAAGAAGGAUGUCUUUGCUAGUAUUUACUGAUUUCGCCUGCUGGGCGCCAAUUGCUUUUUUCAGCCUAACAUCAGCAUUUGGUCUUCAACUAAUCUCCAUGGAAGGUGCCAAGGUCCUAACAAUCUUUGUCCUGCCGCUCAACUCCUGUGCAAACCCAUUCCUAUACACAAUCCUUACUAAACAGUUUAAGAAAGACUGUCAGAUGAUUCUAAGAUCUCUACGUAACCAGGUGCUCCGACCGCGUAAGUCCACCAACCCAAGUCUCGGCCGCCACCCAUCAAUGAGAAGCACACAAGCUCAUCAGAUAUCGCAGCUCCCGUGGCGGACGAACGGGAGCAUCAGUCAAGACAUCACCGGUGAUGGCUGCAUGGUCUCUUCCUUCAAAACUGAAAACGGAGAACCAUCCUCUAACGUUUACACCAUGUCCACCAUGGCAGAGACCCACACACCCCAACAGAACGGCUCUUGUUCAAACGACCACUCACACUCGGAUUCCUCUGCGAUGUUAGAUCCAAUGCUCCUGACCAACUCCGAUCUGGACGAUCUGCGUCGCGGCUCCACUUCACCACUCCUUGACCUCAUGACACAGGUGACCAGCAAAGAUCCAGAAGCUAAACCUAAAUCAAAGGUCAGGCGGAAGUUUUCCAUUCCUUUCCCGUUCUUCUCGACUCGCAGUCCCACUAAAGAACCAACACACUCGUCUUCGGCAAACACCUCCAUCAGAAGAAGUCCAACCCCUCAGCGUCAAAAACGAAGCCACUCUAUUACAGAAGGCCUUCUUCAUAAAAUGAACAGGAAGAGGCCCUUGACAUCGAUGAAGAGUGCUCCAGGCAUUUCAUCACCAAUUUCAAGAAGCUCAGAGAAACUUGAUCAAGGCAUCAAUGGCAUCUCAAUUGGUAUCUGCAUAACAGUUCCAGACAAACAGAACCAGAACAAAACUGUUAAACAAACAGAAGCCGAUGAGAAAGUUUACAGCAUUGACGUUCCCAAGGAGCCUCCGAAACCCCCUUUAUCAAAUUUCCCCAUCGACCAGGCCGGUAUGGAGACCCAAACUCUCUUAGAGAUCGGAGCCUCAAACAAUUAUUUCUCUGAAAACAGAUCUCCUCAUGACACCGAUUCGCCAGGAAUGCUAGCAGCUCAUGAGAAUCCUGUAAGGGACCAGCUUUCCUCGGCCACACCAUCUCCGCAGCUUCAUCGGCCUGAAAAACUUGUUCUUGUCGAUUCCGUUGUUCCUGCUGAUAAAGACGUUCCUGAUAAUGAUUCAGGUCUAGGUACAGCCUCCUCACCCCUACCUGACUCCACAGAGAGUAUGAGAUUCCUACCAGUCUCUCUUGAGACCCCUGAGGUGGUUUGUAACUCGGAACUUGAUGACCAUUCAUCGAGAGUGACAAGUCAGCCGUCGGUGUUGGGAGGCUUGUUUGGUCACCUGACAAGAUCAGAACCCAGCAGGUGUUACAACGAGGUUCCAGACAGCCCAACAAAAGCCUCCAGAGAGAUUUGCAGACCUAAGGAGAGUGUUGUUUAGCUUCUUAUUACCAGCAGUCUUGAAAUAUUCUGUUCCGUCAACCUUUUCCUUUGAAACACCGAUCCUGAUGAAAAACUCAAAAUUCUUGGAGAACUUAACUCACCUGAUUUCCUGGACACUUGCUCAAGACACCUUACACAAUUUACAGGAGGUUGCUUCUUGCUUGUCUUUGGUCUUGGAUCAACAGAAGCUCUGUUCUUGUGAGGUGACUUGGGGAAGAUCCAACUGGUGGCAAAGGUUGGCAUCUUUUCCACAAAAACAUUAGAAAUCCGGGUGAUGGCAAGGUGGGUUGUCGACACUUCUACGAAAAUGUUCGCGAAUCAGUUGAUGGCAAGUGAGAAGGGUUGGUGACACUUGCACAAAGACGCUUCAGUCGAUGACAAGGUUGAAGCGUUGGUGACACUUGCACAAAGAUGUUGGCGGUCCAGAUGAUGGCAAGGUUUGGCAGCACAUGCACAGAAUGGUAAUGUGAUAGCAAAUCUGUUGACGAUAAAAACACCAUAAUUGACUCUUGGUCAGAAUUGUCUAAUAUUAUUUCACAGUUAAUUAUACAAUUUUUAAGGAAACAGGGUAUUCAAUAACAAUAAGCUAUUUGCCUGUUAGAUUUGUAUGAUGUCUCUGGUACAAUGCCAAGGCCCAUAGGUCUAUUCCAGUUGAGCAUUGAAUCGUACUAAGCAUGGUUGCAGGUAUCGUUCAAAUCAAACUCGAAAAUGACUUAUUUGCUAAGUGUUUUUUAAAAGACAACACAAACUAAUCAAUUACAGAAUUAUUAAUCCUAGAAUGUGUUUUGGCGACCCCAACCAGAAACAUUGGUCAUCGGUUGAGCGUUUUCGCGUGUUCAGUUGGCGCAAUGAAGAUGCUGUUCAGACCAACCGGUAACGGACUUGUUGACUCGGUAAGGCUUUGGUUGGAGUCGCCAAAACGCCCUCCUAGAUUCAGGGAUGAGAUUCUGACGAAAUGAAAAAGACUAAAAAUUUGUCAUGUCGCGGGAGGUGAACACAAGUAAUCUAAGCUUCCCUAAACUAUUUUUCACUUUCUGGCUAGACGAGUCAAACAAAUUUUGGUCACCUCCUAGUUUUUUUAGCAAAUAAUUACAUGUAUGUGAUAAUAUUGUUGUGAUAUUGGACACCAACUGAUGCUGCCAGGUACCAAGCAACUUAAAGCUUUGUGAGCUUUGAGUUAAAGAGGCUUCAAAAGAAAUGUAAAUUUUGUAUAGUCUUUGGUUAGAAUCACCGGUGGCUUGCGUUACAUUAACUGCAGAGAAAAUACACCUGUGCUUCCGACAUGGGGUCAAUUUCAUAGAGCUUAUAUAAGUACAACAAAAUUGCUAAGCAUGAAAUUUCAUCCUUGA